CAUAUUAUUAUAUGUGUUGAUUGUUGAUAGUGAGGAUUGUACCAAUGCUAAAUUCAUCAUUUAUGAUUUUGAACUCAUCAUCAUAUGACUAUAGGUGUUGAUAUUUCAAGAUUGUGAUUUAUAUUCAUUUAUUUAAUUUUUCUUUCAUGUUAUUUUGUCCUUCACUACCACCGAGUGACGAGUGUCUUCUCGCUCCCGGCAACAGGCAAGUGUGUGGGGAUUGACCGUUGAUACCGGUGUUAGAGGCCAUCGUUCCUAUAUUGGUGUGUUGGAAGUCCCUGUAGCAGCUAUCUUUCUACGCAUCGGCCUGGAGUGAGGCGUUUUCUCUCCGACGUUGGAUACUACUCAGAUAGGUUUUCUCUUUCUUUGCCAUAUGACACACUCUAAGUUUUAGUUUACAUCUUAUGUCUGUAUAUUAUAGUAUAUCAUAGUAAUAAUAAUAAUAGUAUUAGUUGAUUUUGCUGAACACAGUACGGCACUUAGACCAUGGAAACCAGGUUAACGGUAAGGUCACAGUUUAUUAGUGAUGGCCGUGCUAUGGGGUACGAAGGGGAAAGGUUAGAGAAAUAUGUGAAGGAACGGAAAGCUGAAUAUGAUAGAGAUAAGGAAGUCGCGAAGGCAGAGGAAGAGGCUAGAAAGAAAGAGGCGAAGGCAGAAGAAGAGGCUAGAAAGAAAGAGGCGAAGGCAGAAGAAGAGGCUAGGAAGAAAGAGGAAGAAGCGAGAUUUGAACGUGAUGAGAAGGCCAAAAGCGAGGAACACGAAAGAUGGAAGGAAAGAGAUGCCAAGGAGUCAAUCAAGAGGAAAGAGGAGUUGGAACUUGCUAGGCUUAAAGAAAAGUCUGCGCCAGAGGCAGGCGGGGCGGCAGGACAGUCAGGGGAUGUGCGAUACAAGAAUGUCUUAGACAGGCUUGACAAGAGUUUCCAGGGAAUGAAAGAUGACGACGACCUCCUAGCUUACCUAACACACUUUGAGGCCGUUGCAGCAAGGUGCAAAAUAGAGAGAAAAGAGUGGUCUUUGCUGUUGUCAUAUAAACUGACCACCGCACUCAGAAACUUCAUGCUAAGGGACAGUCUGUUCCUUAGCGAGAAUUAUGAAGAAGUCAAGACUGUACUUCUUCGCCAUGCAGAUAUCAACGCGGAAACCUGCCGCAAAAGAUUCCAUCGCGUGAGACCUAGUCAAAAUGACUUUAGGAGAUAUGUAACAGAAUUGAAAACGGCCUUAGACAAUUGGUGCAAGAUGGCCGAAGUCGGUAAAACAGUGGAGGAGUUAAAAGAUCUGUUGAUCAAAGAUAGGAUCUUAGAAAGCGUAUCGAGUCGUGUAUACAGGAAACUGGUUUUGAGCAAGCACAGAACAGUAGAGAACAUGCUGGAAGUUAUAGAAGGCUUUAAGGUUGCUGGGUCAGAUGAGCCGAUUUGUAAGGAAGAGAGUGUAUAUAUGGCGGCAGCAUGUUGUGAACCUGUGGGUAAAAGAAAGGUAAUUGUGUGUUUCAGUUGUGGUGAAAAGGGGCAUAAUUCAACCGAAUGCCGUAAAGGUGUUUCCCCGUCUAACGAGAUUGAUGUUGAAGAUGUGAACUCUAAUGAUAUUGUCAGCGAUCAAGAUCAAAGGUCAAGACAUAGAUGACUAGCAUGUCGUCGCGAUUCGGAUGGUCGCCGUGGGUAUAAGUUAGUGCCGGAUCGCUACACAGUAACUGUUCAAAAUUUGCCAUUCAAUGUUAACUGGCAGAAGUUAAAAGAUAGAUUUAGAGAUGUUGGUUUAGUGGGAUUUGUGGAGGUUUUAAUGGCAAACGGGAAGUCGAUGGGCGUAGGUCAUGUAAAGUUAAGGAACCUGGCCGAUGUUGCGAGAGCAGUUAAAUAUUUAGACAAGUCCAAACUCGGAGGUAGGACUAUUGUAGUUGUCCCACAUCGUAUAAGUGCGCGGGGGUAACGAUAUGAUAACUUUGAUUCUCUGUUUUAUAUA